ACGCGCUUCGGGUUGGUCAUCGGCUGCUCUGGGAGGAUUGGCAGCAGGCUCGGGUACAGCGUAAGCUAUACGCAUUGUUAGGCAACAAAUCGAGACGAGCAACCGCCGCAUACGACGGGGGACGCCUUCAUACCACUGGGCACGGCAGUGUACGGCAGAUAACGGCUUCGUACCGCAAUUGACGGCAGCAUACCACAGCGACGGCAGUAUAUUACAAGCAACGGCAGCAUACUGCAAGCAACGGCUGUAUACGCGGACCUGGUGGCAUCUACCGGAACCUGCACGCAUCGGCGCCGCACAAGUCACAAGGACAGCGAACGAUGGAGUCCAUGAGGAAUCUAUCGACAAGUCUGCCGACUUCAGGCCGGAGGCGCACAGAGCAACCAGAGCUGCUCUCCGAAUUCAAGGCAGCCGCCUUGUCCGUGACGAAUUUGUUCAAGGCAGCCACUUCCGCACAGGCGAAGGCAAGGUCAUCAGGCUACCAAGAUGCUCUCGACGACCUGUUGGCCUUCCUGGACCGAGAGAAUUUGGGGUUGAUGGACGGAGAGGGGUGGAGGGUGAGGCAGUGGGCAACGGAGCGCUUAGACGGUGAGGGAGCGCCUGGGAAACAGAGCGGUGCUGAUGAGGAAGACGAACUGGUUGUGCGGCACGAUGACGGCCUCAACACACGCAGCUCGUCGCCCGAGGCUCAGAGGAAAUCGCCCCCAGCUGUGCCGGUGUCAUCCAGUCAUUCGGCAGACGAGUCGUCUCCGCCUCGAAGAGUCCUGUCAGAACCUCCCGCAUUGCAAGCAACACCCGCAAUACAGUAUCCCUCUCAACUACCAACGACACACGACUUCACCUUCCGCUCCACCCACGCAUACCCAACCAACCACGACAGAGAAGGUAGCGUCGGCAUGGAGCUGGACGCUUCCUCCUCUAGCCCACAGACGACCGCCUCUACACCAUCAAGCACCGGCACCGUCCGCAUUUUACCACGAUCCUCACGCUCACGCCACACGAACCACAACCGACAUCGAGAAAAUGGCGGUCGGACCAUCAAUCUCAAUCUCGCGAGCGGAGCGGGCGGCAAGCGUAAGAUGCCGUAUCCGGAUUUUUUCGACAUCUCAGGGAUGGAGUUUGAUGGGUCUGACAGUGGGCGAGAUGGGAAGGGAGGUCGGGCAGGGGGAGGGAAACGGGGGAGGCAUGUGUGAUGUGAUGAGGUGCAAAUUCGUUUAGAGGCUUCUGUUGGCGCAUAGCGAGGGAGUGUGGCAUAGCAUGAUUGGAUUUGGGAUGUUGUAUGGAGGCAUGAGCAUGAGCGACGGCCGUGAUCGAGAUACCCAGGGUCAUGUGGCAUGCGUAGCAGGUUAUGAGUACAAGUGCAGUCGAUUCUGUUAAUGUGCAGAAC